AUGGUAAGUAACAAGUUGGCGAACGUGAGGUACUCAUUUAACCUUAAAACAUACCUCCUCGAACUGGACUACCAGCGAACCACGAGAAAUGGUUUCUCCCCCCGGCUUAAAACCCCAGGGCGGUUCACACAGAGGGGAGUGAGAUGUGAGGAGAGCUGGAGGAGCCUUGUCAUUGAGCUGGUGAAUCUAGAACUUGGGAAAGCUGUUGAUGCUCGGUCUAAGAAAGAAGAGCUACAUAUUGUGCUUCUUGGGAAAACAGGGGAUGGAAAGAGCAGCGGCAACACCAUUCUGAACGAAAAAGCAUUCAUUGCCAUGUUAUCACCCAAUUCUACAACCCAAAAAUGUGAAUCAAAAUCAGGGACCAUACACAAGAGGCCUGCAGCAGUGGUUGACACACCUGGAUUUUUUGACACUGAUCUUCCAGAUGAUGAGCAGAGAAGUAGAAUUGUAGAAUGUCUCAUUCAGUGUGCUCCAGGAGUUCAUGCCUUUCUCAUUGUACUUAAAGUUGGAACAUACACAGAUCAAGAGAAAGAGGUGGUGAAAAAAAUAACAGAAACCUUUGGGGAAGCUGCACUCAAAUAUUCAGUGGUUCUUUUCACUCAUGGUCAUCAACUCAAUGAUGGUCAAACCAUUGAGAACAUUGUUUGGGAGAGUGAAACUGUACAGGAGCUUGUGGAUAAGUGUGGGGGACGCUGUCAUGUGAUUGACAAUAGGUAUUUGAAUCAACAACAAGAUGAGUACAGAAACAACAGUGUUCAGGUACAGAAUCUACUGGACACUAUUGAAGCAAUGUUAAGAGCGAAUGGUGGUAUCUACUACACCAAUGAAUUGCUGCAGAGGAUUCAGGAAGAAAUUGAAGCAGAGAGAAAUAGAAUAAGAGAACAUGUAGCAGGAAACAUUUCUGACGUUGAAAUAGGAGUAAUGGCCGAAGAGAGUGUGUUCAAGAAGUUCAUGAAAAUGUUGGCAGGGGUAGCAACUGGGGUAUUGCUGGGACAAUAUGAUGGUAUACUCCUUGGGAACAGAGGACACUUCUGCUUGCCCUUUCUAAUGACCCUGUACCCUGACCCGGGAGCACAGAGCUGCUACAACCUGGCCCGCUUCAGGACAAGAGCCAGGGUAGAGAUGACCAUCGGCAUCCUCAAGGUCCGAUUCCAGUGCCCGCGUGGGCUCAGAGUCAGUCCAGAGAGGUCAUGUGAAAUGAUUGUAGCAAGUGUGGUGUUACACAAUGUUGCCACAGUAUAG